AUGCAGGUCCGCGUGGCUCAGAUUUUCACACUGGGCUCCCGAUCGCGUCUGGGCACGGGGGUGGACCUGCCACGCCACGGCGUGUGGGGUGGGGGUCGACGGGCCUACGCAGGGGGCUCGCCAGCCCUGCCAGGAGGGGGUCUUCCCACUCCCCGCUUUCCUUCGGGAGGCCCCUCAGAGGGGGCUGGGAGGGCCGGCCGCGACGUGGGCUCGCGUGGGGGGGGAACCCCCCCUCGGGUCGCACCCCGCCCCGCUGCCGCGGGGCCGUGGAAGGUCAAGCGGCGACCCCCGUGGGGUGUCCAACAGCUCCGCGAUUCCUGGAGCGAGGAUGCCAUGACGAAGCGGGAGACGGAAAACCUCAGUGAGCGGAUUCACCGCGAGUACCGCUACCACCCCGACGAGGGUCGCCGUCAACAUGUCAAGCACGUCGUCCUGUUGUUGAUUCCGUCGCUUAUUGGGACCGGCAGCAUGUCGUAUUAUUACUUCACCGGCAAGCCGAUCUGGCGGGCGGACCCGCAGCACAUUCUUAACGUUCUGCGCGCCGCGGACACAUCACCAAGGAGUAUACUCUAUUUAUAUCGACUGGAUGAAAAUGAGGUAACCCCGACGCAUGUUAUACGCCACCGCGAGGCUCAUCGGGGGGAGCGGGAGAGGGCGGAGUUAAUCUUUAAGAUCACUCGCUCGGCAUUCGCGCAGCCUUCGAGCGAUGACUUGCGACGACUGGAGGUAGAAUGGCGUGAAAAGGAGGAAAUGAUGCGUCAGGAGGCAUCCGAGGAGGUGGAAGAUGAGGGUCCAUAG